AUGUCCCUGAUAAAUUCAAGGAACUCCUCCUUCCAAAUAAACUCUAAUACGUUUUAUCACCAGGAAAUAUUGGCUCAAGAGAGGUAAAAUAAUAUAAUUUAGCUUAAUCAUCAUCAGACCUUCGAAUGGUUGGAGAACCUUGCCUCAGCUAAAUCGUAAAUGCAUGCUGUGAGAGGAGACUUUGACGAGCUGCCCUCGUUGCCUGAAACGAAAGUAGUGCAGAUAGGAAACUUCAAAUUCGGUUUGAUUCAUGGUCAUUAAGUUGUACCUUGGGGUGACUUAGAAGCUUUAGCAGCAGUGCAAAGAUAGUUAGAUGUUGAUAUCUUGAUAAGCGGACAUACCCACUAAAACUAAAUCAUUUAAUACGAUGGAAAGUAUUUUAUCAAUCCAGGCUCUGCCACUGGAGCUUAUAGCAGCAUGAAUAGCUCUCCUAGACCUUCAUUCAUGCUUAUUGCUGUUCAAGGAGACGAGAUUGUUGCCUUUAUUUAUGAACUUAUCAACGAUGAGAUUAAUGUUCAGAGACUUGAGAUCGCAAAGAAGAAAUGA